UGUACACGCGGCAACUGACAACAGCCUCCACUCUCUCUCUCUCUCUCUGCAUUCAAGAAAGGAGAAUAGAAGCACCCAGGACUCUAUCUGCGACACAGUUUGAGAAAAUUCUUUCAUAAGAAUAGAAAAAAAACAAAAUCUUGGGAUUUUUGGAGAAAAUGGUGAUGUUGUUUAAGGUUUCGCUUUGAGGGAAUUUUUUCCAAGUGGGUUUAGAGAGAGAAAUUAAGAGAAGAACUGAAAGAAAGAGAGAGAGAGAGAUGUAUAUGGGGGUAGGGGGAGGGGGAGGAGGAGGGGGUUUUGCAGGGCCAAUGCGAAAGUCUUUUAAGGAUUCUCUCAAAGUUCUCGAAGCUGAUAUUCAACAUGCCAAUACCCUGGCAUCUGACUUCCCGAGGGAGUACGAUGGCGCUUGCCUACAAAUGCGAAUGUCCUACAGUCCCGCGGCGCAUCUCUUCAUGUUUUUAGUUCAAUGGACCGACUGCCAUCUAGCCGGAGCUCUUGGACUGCUGAGAAUUCUAAUUUACAAAGUUUAUGUUGAUGGCACCACUACCAUGUCCACUCACGAAAGAAAAGCGAGCAUUAGAGAAUUCUACGCCGUUAUUUAUCCCUCUCUAUGUCAACUUCAGAACGGGGUUACAGAUUCCGAAGACAAAACACAGAAAGCCGUCUUGCUGGAGAGGUACCGGAGACGAGAAGACGAGGAUUGCAGACAGUCCUCGGAUUUGGAUAUCGAGAGGGAAGAAGAAUGCGGGAUAUGCAUGGAAGUGAACAGCAAAAUCGUGCUGCCUAACUGCAAUCAUGCCAUGUGUUUGAAAUGCUACCGUGAAUGGCGGUCGAGGUCACAGUCGUGCCCCUUCUGCCGGGACAGUCUGAAGAGGGUAAACUCCCGGGACCUCUGGGUAUAUAUGGACAGCAAGGACGUGGUGGACAUGGCAACGAUAACGAGGGAAAACCUAAGAAGGCUGUUCAUGUACAUAGAGAAGCUGUCUCUGGUCGUGCCCGAGACUGUUUUCGAGACUUACGAUACUCACAUAAGGUAAGAGCGUUUCGACACACUCACUCUUGGAUGGAUGGUUCAUCUCAACCACCAUUUUUCUCCCGUUGAUCACUCCAAGGCCAACCGAGAGGGUUGGUCCGAACAGAUAUAUUUAGCAACGCAGAGUGUUUUUCCUAAGCGUUUCUAUUUAUGAGAACCCGGCCUGAAUUAUUGUGGCACAGGGGUUUAGCUACAUAUUUUUAAUUGUAUGUUCUGAAUGUAUGUAUACAUGCUGCUCUCUUUGAUUUACGAGAGAACCCGCAGCUGCACCUUCGCUCUUUGAUUCCGCAGUCGCUAUCCGAAGGUGUGCUUCUGCUUGUACAGUUAUGGAGUUUGUCUUGUAAUAACUCAAACCUUCUCCCCAAAUAUGCUCUGAAACUCACGAGCUUAUUUGAUAGUAUUGUUGUGUGAAUGUUUUUAAUCAACUUUUAACCUCUUGUGUAAUGUAUGACUGAA